AUGAAAGCUGCCCAGGAUCAACAAAAAUCUUAUGCGGAUCAAGGUCGCCAUAAAGUCACCUUUGAAGUAGGCGAAAAGGUACUACUAAAAGUGUCUCCAACCAAAGGUGUCAUGAGAUUUGGCAAGAAAGGGAAGCUCAACCCGAGAUACAAGGUGUUAGAAUGGGUUGGGGAAGUUGCUUAUAGAUUGGCUCUACCAACGAAGUUAUCUAAGGUACAUGAUGUUUUUAACAUUUCUCAACUGAAGAAGUUUGUCCAUGACCCUUCACAUGUAAUUCAACCUGAGGUUGUAGAAAUAGAUGAGACUUUAAUUAAUGAAGAAAAACCCAUAAAGAUUCUAGAUGAGAAAGUUAGAUAA